GAUGUGUUGGCAAAGGUGACGAAAAAGAACAACGACCUUUCGACCACAGUUGAAGAAAAGACCGCCGAGUUAUACAAUUCAGAGGGUCAGAGACUUGCCCAGAAUGGUAAACACUUUACAGAAGUCGGAAAGAAACAGCAGAACAGGCAGUUAACUGAGAUACGGUAAGUCGGCUUUUAAUUCCCUCUUGUUGCCAACGUAAACAAUUUGGUUGCUUAGGAAAUUAUAUAUGGACCUAUUGGUGAAAUUCAACGUAUUGUUUUGUUAUUUCUUUGCAGAAGAAAAGCCAAACAUGCACUCUGGUUCGGAGAAACGUACGGAUUAAUGCCCGAGUCCUUGAGGCUCCGGGAUAAAACCGGACAGAGCCAUGACAUCAAUUUGAGAGAAAUUCCA